AUGACCCUUAGACCCCCUUCACAUCUCACUAGCGACGAAUCUACUGUGUUACGGGCAUCAGUGUUUGAUGUCUUCGUUCAGCUGGGAGCACUGGAACAGAACAGCCCCGUAGCCGAAUGGAUGUUUAGCGACCCAGAAAGCGCGGAGAGCAGUACGCGCGUCCAUUUUGCAGAGUCGAACACAGGCAGCAGGUUCAGAGAGCGGUUCGACUCCGACUGCAGCUUUAAGGACUUGGAUGAUAGCGGUGCCCGCAAGGAACUCCUUCCCCGCUCGUCGUCCAGAGCAUCCCGCUUUCUUGCCCGGAUGCGGUCCACAUCUAGGACCAAGUCCGUCACUAAGCGGGCCCAAGUCCCAGAGGCCACUUCCCUUUCACUCGAACCUCCAAAGAGGAAGCGUACCAUCCUUCGAUUCAAGUCUCGAUCUCACACCAAUCUUCGUGCAAAAGCUGAACAGGAUGCGGCUGUUCCUCCCGUUCCGCAGCUCGCCAGAGCCAAGAGCGUUAGCUCACCGCCACGGACUCAGAAGCCAACCAGACCGUCGUUCUUCCGGUCAAAGACCCAGCUGUAUGGUCCAUCUGAUGACAUCGCCUCCGUUAGCGACAACUGGGAAGAAAUAUCCCCGUUAUCGAGCCCGACUCCGUCGGAGGACGACACUCAAGCCAGCACGAGUGUUGAGACUCCAUUUCUUGACGGAUUACCAGAGAAUACCGUCGUUUUCCCUUCUUCUGACGACAGCCAUCCCCCCCUUUUUCGUUCGUUUUCGGAGGCUGUCUACUCUGCGAAGCGGUUAUACAUCUUUCCCGCUCGGCGGACGCAGUCCAAGCCAGAGCCGCUUCCGCAUCGCAUCAAUACUAUUUCCUUCGACACCCCGGUAGCUGGUGCUUUUACUCCUCCUUCAUCUGCUUCCAACACACAGUCUUUUCGUAAGUAA